AUGUCUGUUGUACUCGAAACAACACUGGGUGAUAUAACAAUUGAUUUAUAUCACGAAGAACGACCAACCACGUGCAAAAAUUUUCUAUUUUUAUGUGCAGUAAAAUAUUAUAAUUUUUGUUUAUUUCAUUCCAUACAAACAAAUUUUAUUGCACAAACUGGUGAUCCAACUGGCACAGGUCGUGGAGGUGAAUCAAUUUAUAGAGAAUUAUAUGGUGAACAAGCGAAAUAUUUUGACAUGGAAAAAAAACCAUACAUUAAACAUCGUAAACGUGGAGCUGUUUCAAUGGUUAAUAAUUCAAAUAAUCAGCAUGGUUCGCAAUUUUUUCUUACAUUAUCAUCAAAUCUUGAUUCACUAGAUGGUAUUCAUACUGUUUUUGGUGAAGUUGUCGAUGGUUGGGAUGUAUUAGAUAAAAUAAAUAUAGCCGUUGUUGAUCGUGACUAUAGACCCUAUCAUGAUUUACGUAUUAUACAUACAGUUAUUCUAUCAAAUCCAUUUAAAAUUCCAUCAUCAUUAGAUAUACCUGAACGUUCGCCAUCACCAACUAUCGAACGUGUGAAAUCGUCAAUGAUUGCAUUUGAUGAAAUGUUCGAUGAAGAUAGAAUAGAAGGAAAAACAGACGACGAAAUUAAAGAUUAUAUUGAAGAAAAAGAAGCUCAGGCCAGAGCACAGAUUCUUGAACUUAUUGGAGAUUUACCAGAGGCUGAUAUGAAACCACCAGAAAAUGUUUUAUUCGUGUGUAAAUUAAAUCAAGUUACAACUGAUGAAGAUUUAGAAACAAUAUUUAGUCGAUUUGGUGAAAUUACUAGUUGUGAUAUUGUACGAGAUAAAAAGACGGGCGAUUCUCUUUGUUAUGCAUUUAUUGAAUAUGAAAAUGAAGAAGAUGCGGAACAAGCUUAUUUUAAAAUGGAUAAUGUACUGAUUGAUGAUCGACGAAUACAUGUAGAUUUUAGUCAAAGUGUAGCAAAAGCUAAAUGGGAUUAUUACAAAAAGCAACGGCGGCUUAAAGUGAACAGACCUCAACGGUCGCCACCGCCACCGCCACUGCCACGACCAUCAUCAUCAUCAGCUUCAUCGAAAAAGUUCAAAUCUAGACGUUGA